UAUUUUUUGCCAAAGCUCUUCGUUUCUCUUCUGCCUCGACAAAACUUGAAAGUUAAAUACGGUGCAGAAUGGGCACUCGUGACAGGAUCCUCCAGCGGCAUUGGCAAGUCUCUGGUGGACAAACUUGCGAGCCAAGGUCUUAACGUCGUCAUUGUUGCCCUUCAAAACCAGCUCCUUGACGAUGCGGUAGCCGAAAUGCAAGCAAAGUUUCCAACGCGCGUUUUCGUGAAAGUCGGGGUGGAUCUCGGAACCCCAGGAUAUUUAGAAAUAAUAUCGGAAGCAACCAAGGAUAUCGACGUGCAGCUCAUAUUCAACAAUGCGGGUUUCAUGCUUACCGGCUUUUUCGAUAAGCAGGCACUUUCGAAGUUGUUGCUCAAUCAUGAGUGCAACGCGACUUCUGCCAUGCAAAUCACUCAUUUAUUUGUGACGCGCAUGCUCGCAAAAAAUAUGAAAGGCUGCGUGGUUUUUACGUCAUCAGCUGCUGCGUGUCAACCCACCCCAUUCAGCGCUCUUUAUGGGGCAACGAAAGCAUAUGUUAGUUCUUUCGCGGCAAGCAUUGCAGUUGAGCUCAAAUCACGGGGAAUAGACGUUUGUGCAGUUCACCCGUCCCCUGUCAUGAGCAACUUCUACGAUAGAGCGCAUAAACUUAACUCGCUUGCUUUCUUCAUGCGAUUUGCAGUUAAACCCGAGGUUCUCCCUGACGAAAUCUUUAGACCAAUCGGUCGUGUAGCGUGGCAUGAUAUAGGCUUGGUCGCGGUUGGUUUUCGACUGCUGUUAA